CCCGGAGUCGUCUGUUGCGUCGGUUGCUCGAGUCCCUUCCGUUGGCCAGAAAAGUCGCGGCGGCCGUUCUGUUUGUUUUCGCCUCGUAGAUGCUGUCUGCAAUCGAGAAGCAAAAAAAGGCAUUGAAAGCAAUAAAAACCAGAGCCAGCGCGGCAACAAGGAGAGAAAUUAAGCGUUAGAGCGGCAGGAAACAAACAGAAAAAAAUCGUAACUAAUCACCAGGCCACUUUUGGCCAUUUUGUGGCAUAAGCGGAAACGGAAAUAGGCGACCCCAAUAUAAACAAUCAUCACAUAAAUACGUAAUCAACAAGCGGCCCCAAAAAAAAGGCAGACAGCGACUCCUUGGCAGGCGGCCAACGCCACAGACCACCACUCACCAGCCACCACCACCCACCAUCCACACCACCCAGCUACCCAACCACUGAGCCACCCACCACAGCAUGUAAAGCCCUGUGGGCGUUGGGAAUGGCACACACAGACAGCACUUUGGAGGCGACUUUUGGCUAGGUGUGGAUGAAGCGAUGUGAAGGCACAACAUUUUGCAAUAUUAAAGAACAGCAAAGGGAAGGAGGAGCCGGAGGAGCAGGAGGAGCAGGUGGGUCAGGUGGAGGAAGACCAGGACCUGUUGCCGAAACGUCCACAAAGCGAGCGGAUUGGGUGAAAGCCUGUCUGGCUGGGUGAAAGGUGAAAGCGCCGAGCGUCGCAACACAAUGGCCGUAAAUGUACUGGACUACGAUCACUUCGCCAUCAGCGCCAUCGUGGUGGGCAGUCUGCAGUUGGUCUUCUUCCUGAUCAACUCCGUGCUCCAAAUGGACAAGCUGACGGACUUCGCCGGCGGCGUUAACUUCAUCAUCAUCUCCCUGCUCACUUUCUUUCUCGGCCAAAUCGAUCGGCCAUCGAAGGCCUACGAUAGUCGCCAGCUGAUGGUCACGCUCUUCGUUUGCCUGUGGGGCGCUCGGCUGUCCGGAUAUUUACUAUAUCGGAUCGUGAAGUUGGGACGCGACAAGCAGUUCGAGGAUACCCGUCGCAACAUCAUCCGCUAUGCGGUCUUCUGGACCUUCCAGGCUGUUUGGGUGUACAUUGUGUCACUGCCUGUAAUAAUAAUUAAUUCACCGCGCCACUCGCAGCCGCGUGCCCCAAAGACCAUGACCACGCUGGACUCCACGGGCACGGGCAUGUUCAUCGUUGGACUGCUGGCGGAGACCUAUGCGGAUCUGCAGAAGUUCUCCUUCCGCCAGGAUCCGGCCAAUCAGGGCAAGUUCUGCAAUGAUGGACUGUGGAGCGUGUCGCGGCAUCCGAACUACUUUGGCGAAGUGGUCAUCUGGUGGGGCAUCUUUGCCAUAUCCCUAAACGUGAUCAGUGGCCACGAGUGGGUGGCGAUUGCCUCGCCCAUUUUCACCACGAUGAUCAUCCUCUUUCUGUCGGGGAUUCCCCUGCGAGAACGAAGUGCCGAUGAGAAGUACAAAGACCAACUGGAGUAUCGGAAGUACAAAGCCUCCACCUCGCCGCUGAUACCAGUGCCUCCUGCUGUCUACGUGGAGGUGCCCAGUGCUCUGAAAUUUAUCCUGUGCUGCGAAUUCCCCAUCUACGAUUCGAUGCGGAUUCAAAAGGACCUCAGUCCGUACUCCCUGUCCAUAGCGCGCUCCCACUCGCACAUCUAGCAGUCAGUGGCCCACUCCAGCAGUGCGGCUGGGGUGGGUCAGAUGAAUGCCCAUGGCCACUCGGUGGGUCACUCGCUGCACCGCGGUCAGUGCUAUGGAGCCAAUGGCGGCGAUGCCGAGAGCCACCAGAACUGCGGCGGUAGCUGCCGGAACGUGCACGUCAAGUCAAAUCCGUACCAGUGCGAGGCGGGCUAUGGCCACUAUCCGGUUUGCCACACGGACGACGAUACUGAUGACGGGAUCAUCUACAUGGACCGCACCCACUUCUACCACGACCAGGAGCAGCCGCACGUGGUGAAAUCGGUGGCGGUGCCCAGUACAAAGUGCAGCUACCUGGCCGAGGAGGAGCUGGCCUCCGACUACGAUGAGGAUGUGCCGGCCAUCGAUCUCAGCAAGGCCACCAGUGUGGAGAGCUUCGGCACCCGGGUGCAGACGGAGCAUGCCGUGAACGCCGAUGGGUUGCCCGUGACAGUGACCACGAUUUUGUGAUUGCCACUUUAAGAUUUGGUCGCGAUCAGUGUCAGGUUGUUCGGAUCGGGUUUUUAUAUCGGUUGUACAACGGGGUGGAACUCUUUUGCUCGAAUUUUAUACCUUUAUCUGCUUUUUGAGGAAUAUAAAUGUUCAGCAAAUUCAUGCCGUGAAGUAAUAUUCUUCUAUACUAUUGAGAUUUAUUUAUUCGCAAUUUGGUAAAUAGAUAAAGAUAUCUUUUUUUAAAAAAUAAGCUGGGCACAAAUAAAUCAAAUUUAAAACUAAUUUUGGUGUGUAAAGGACAAAGUUAAGAAAUGUUAGGAGCUCGAUACCAAAACCUCGUAGUCCAAGAUGAAUGUUCUUGUAAAUAGAAUGAAUAACCAAAAAUGUCAAAGAUAUAAGAUAUAAAUUUCGUUCCACCCUCGUGUGCAGAAUUGAAGCCAGGCCCAAAAGUGCUGGCCUGGAAUGACAUUUUUUUGAUGACGAAUGCCAAAGUACCGUGGAGUACCCAGCAUCAUGGAUACUCACAGCUGUUUAACACUCUAGUCUCUAUGCUACUGUUGCUCAAAUAACUAAUGUGCCUCUUAUGUGCUCUGCGCACCCCUAGAUUGUUGCACUCCUUCAAAGUUUACGCUAGUCUCUGUUGAAUCCACUGUUGCCCCCCCUCUCGAAGAACGAACUUCAACUAUAUAGACCUGUACCUAUAUCUAACAUACAUAUAUCUAUUUCUCAACUGCAUACUUUCGCAUCGGACCGCGAACCGCGCGAACCACACACCCCACCAAACGAAAGGAAUCGAAUCUGAAGCCAUUUAAACUGAAACAUAUCCCGAGGCAACGCAACCCAACCAAAGGUCGAUUUACACAUACAAUAAGUAAAAGAAUUGUCGCAGUGAAAUACGAUAGAGGACGUUCGAUAGCCAUUGUUAUUUUAUAUACCGGAAUAUAUGUAUGUAUAUCUGCUCACUGUAGCUAAAUCGAAAUAUACCCAUGUAUGGACGUUACCACAAAUGUUGCCCCAUUAGUGUACGUAUACGUGACGUGUCUGUGUCUAGUUGGUGUCUCAAAUGUUAAGCAGUAUUAUACCUAAUGAACGAAUUGUACCUAUAUGAUUAUGCUGAGUAUGGAAACUAAUAAACGAAACGAAAGUAAA